AUGUUCGGAAUCCGAGGAAAAUUUCAUUGUGCAACAGAUCAUGAGAUAGCUGUUCCUGGAAAAUGGAUCAAAAAUGGCACGUUAGUGGAGUACGAAGUCAUCGGCACAAUUUGUCCAAUACACAAUUCAUCUGAAGGAUGUCUAAAUGCAACAACACCGAAUGUAAUAUGUAUUUGGUGUGAGAAAUGGAACACGUGCAUUGACAGAAAUCAUCGAGAUCAUCAUUUCUUCAAAGUGAAUGAUUGUCAUUUUAAGAGCCCGGAUGUUAUCGAUUCGACAACGUCGAUACCCAUCAAUCACAAAGGAACAACAUUGGGGAUCACUGAAGUUCAGGUUGGUGGAAACAUCAAUGAAACUACCAAACAAACUGAUCAAUACUCGGUAAAUAUUUGA